UGUCGCCCGCUUGGCCCGCCGGAGGGAGCUGCUUGCGCGCAGGUGCGUCGCCUGCCCACCUUCCUCCCGGACCACCUGCUCGCGCUGGAGUUGGAGGAUGCGGAUACGGAUGCGCUCCGGGGUCUUUGCGUCUUCCUGCCUGCUCGUGCAGGCCUUGGGCGUGGGGCUUUUCAUUAGAGGCUUCUUCCCGGUGCCGGUCAAAUCGCUGCCUCGGAGCGGGGCCUUCAACCGGUUGCCGCCAGAGCCACCUGACACAGAAUUGACAUCAAACUGGACCCAGGAGAUACCCCCUCUUUUUAAAAAAGUAGUCAUAGUGUUGAUUGAUGCCUUGAGAGAUGACUUUGUUUUUGGUUCAAAAGGUUUACAAUUCAUGCCAUAUACAACACAGCUGGUGGAAAAAGGCACAAUUCAUGCUUUUAUAGCAGAAGCCAAGGCACCUACUGUCACUAUGCCUCGAAUUAAAGCACUUACAACUGGUAGCAUCCCAGGUUUCAUUGAUAUCGUAAUGAACCUUAACUCUCCAGCCUUGCUGGAAGACAACUUGAUAUGGCAGGCCAAAACUGCUGGGAAAAGGAUAAUAUUCUACGGUGAUGACACAUGGAUUAGACUGUUUCCACAGCAUUUUGUAGAAUAUGAUGGGACAACAUCUUUUUUUGUCUCAGACUACACUGAGGUUGACAACAACGUUACUAGACAUUUGAAUAACGUAUUGAAAAGAGAUGACUGGGAUUUACUCAUUCUUCACUACUUAGGAUUGGAUCAUAUUGGUCAUCUGAGUGGACCAAACAGUCCUUUGGUAGGACCAAAGCUUUCUGAAAUGGAUAACAUUAUCAAGAAGAUUCAUAAUUCUCUCCUCUCUAAGGAUUGGGAGAAAGGCACUUUGCCCAGUUUACUUGUUGUUUGUGGUGACCAUGGCAUGUCUGAAACGGGAAGUCAUGGUGGUUCCUCAGAAGGUGAAAUUCGUACCCCUUUGCUUUUGGUCAGCUCUGCUUUUCAGAGGACAGUUGGUCCCCCAGGGCGCCCAGAACUUAUUCAACAGACUGACAUUGCUGUCACAUUAGCAUUAGGACUUGGCUUGUCAAUUUCAAGAAACAGUGUUGGGAAGCUUCUGUUUCCUGUUAUACAGUGGAAGACACUUAGAGAACAGCUAAGGUUCUUGCAUUGGAAUUGUAUGCAGCUCAGCAAACUUCUUCAAGAGAAUGUCCCUGCAUUUGAGAAAGGCAAAUCCUGGAUUGGAAAUGUUUUUGAAGGCAGAAAAAUCUCAUGGGAAUUGGAUCCAGUUCUACUCGCAGAGCAGUAGUUCAGAUGUUGGCAAGAGUUUGGGCAAAAAAAUCGUAAACCAAUAUUUGGAAGCUCUCAAGAACCUGAGCUCUUCUUUAAGCAAGCAAG